UGUCGUGUUAGCAUUAAUCAUGCAGAAAUGAAAUCCUUACUGAACUUGUGCUAAAAAUACGGAUGUUUGUGCGCCUUUGUAUCCGAUUUUUCAACACCCAAAAUGGCACCCAUGCCACCCAUGCCACCGACGAUCCAAAGUGGUGAAAAGAGAAGUGAUCGGGACAGAAAGUCAACAAGGGGUACAGUACCAGGAAAAUCUGACCUGGUGUGUCGCAUCAAGUACAGCAACAAUCUCCCAGAUAUUCCAUUCGAUCCCAAGUUUGUAACGUAUCCGUUUGAGGCCAAUCGCUUCGUCCAGUACAAUGCCACGUCGUUGGAACGUAACUACAAACAUGAACUACUGGCGGAGCAUGACCUCGGGGUCACCAUUGAUCUUAUCAAUCCAGACACUUACAAAAUAGACGCAAAUACUUAUUUAGACCCUGCUGAUGAGAAAUUACUAGAGGAAGAAAUUGCAACACCGGGAGAUUCCAAACGGUCUCGUCAGCAUACCAAGGCAGUAUCAUGGUUGAGGAAGACAGAGUACAUCUCCAGUGAAUACAACAGAUCCCAGUAUAGCAGAGACAAAGUAGAAACAAAGGUUGCAUAUCACUUGAAGAAACAGUUCAAUGAGGAAGAUUUAUACAAGGACCAAGCAAGUCAAAUCGCUGCAAUCGAGAAAACAUUUGAAGAUGCCAAGCGACCAAUCGAGCAGCAUUACAGCAAACCACAUGUCAAGCCAGUGGAAAUCCUCCCAGCAUUUCCCGACUUUGAUAUGUGGAUCCAUCCGUGUGCUCAGGUGAUCUUUGAUUCAGAUCCAGCAGUUAGAGGAAAGUCUGUCCAUGCUCAGGUUGAGGAGAUGUCACAAGCUAUGAUCAGGGGUAUGGUUGACGAGGCAGGGGACCAGUUUGUCGGCUAUUUUCUCCCGAAUGAAGAGACGUCAAGGAAGAGAAAGAGAGAUUUUGCGGAUGAGAUAAACUACGUCGAAGAUGAAGAGUAUGACUACGAUCUGGAGAGGGAAUAUAACUGGAAUGUGAAGAACAAAGCAAGCCGAGGUUACGAGGAGAAUUACUUCUUUGUAUUUAGGAGCGGCAAGGGUGUCUACUACAACGAGCUGGAAACAAGAGUGCGACUCAACAAAAGAAGAGCUAAAGAGAAAGAGGGUCCACCUUCGAAGUCGAUCCUCAUAGUUAAACACCGAGAGCUCACUGAUCAGGAAGUGAUUGUUCAAGAUGCAAGGUUAUCCCAGUUGGAUAAUGUCAUUCACGAAGAAGAAGAAGAAGAAGAAGAGGAGGAAGUGGCAGUAGAAGAAGGUACCGAGGAAGCUGAAGAAAAGGAUGAGAAUGAAGACGAGAUGGAGACACAAGCAGAAGGUGGUGAGGAGAUGGAGGUCGAGGAAGAAGAAACCAGAGAAGAUAGUGGAGAGGAGGAGGAGGCCCAAGAUUCAGAUGCUGAAAAGGCAGUCAGUGGGAGUGGGAGUGAGAAGGCAGAGAGUGAGGUUGAGAAGGAAGGCAGUGAUGCAGAGGAGGAGGAGGUUCAAGAAAGAGGUGAAGACGAACAAGAAGAAGAAGAUGAAGAAAUGCAAGAGCACAAUGAGGAAGAAGAGGAGGAGGUGGCCAGGAGUGGAAGUGAGAAAGAAGACGAACAAGAAGAAGAAGCAGGAAGUGGCAAUGAAGAGGUCGAAGAUGAAGAAGAGGAGAAAGAAGAAGCAGAAGAGGAAGAAGAGGAGGAGGAGGAAGAGGAGGAGGAACAACGAGGCGUUGAGAGGGACGAGGAGGAAAUCUUUGGGAGUGAUAGCGAUGCUGAAUCCGGGCAGGCAUCUAGUGCUGAGGAAGAUAGUGAUUGAACUCAUGAACCUAUCAAUGAAUGAAUUGAUUUAUAUCAUCUUUGACGGCAAAGACAAUUUUUGCCACAUUUCUCCCAGGGUAUCUUAAGCUUUGCUUUUACAUUGAGUUGGUGUACUCAAAACAAGCAAGAUGUGAAUCAAAGUUCAAGCUUUCUCCAAAUAUAACAUGAGUCUGAAGGCUUUGUAUGGAGACACUAGAUCACUCAAUAGUAGAAUUUCCCAAAGUAGAUGCUGCUCAUGUUAAGCAUGGAAAAAGGUGUUUGACCUAGCUAGUGCCUCUGCUUUGUGUGUUUCAAAGCAGAUGAAAUACGCUAUUUCUUACAUAACGUCCAAUUUUUUUAAACUUGGGACUAAAAUUUUGGUUAUGAAAUAUGCUAUUUCUUACAUGAGCUCCUCAUUAUAAAAUCCCCUUAUGAAAUUUGGGCCUCAAAGUUAUGCAAGGUUUUUAUGAAGUCUUAGCAUCUAGUGUUUAAUUUCACCUACCAACAAAGCAAGGUAUUCAUGUGCUCAGAAUAUGUGUGGUCGAAGCAUUUUUCAAGUGGUAUAAGUUAAGCAGAAAUAAUGUGAACCAAAGUUAACAACAGACAAUAAAUUGAAAACAGUUCUAUUUUCUUUUCAUUACUGUGAUGAUUUCAUGGAUACAAGUUUGUCCGUCUUGCAAGCAGUAGGUUUGCCCUUAACAUUUUCAGUGAACUAGCCAGAAGGGCCAGUUAGUUGUUCAAUUCACUGGUUCGUCACCUUUUGCACUUGUUCAUAAUUCAUGUUAAAAUAGGGAUGCUUUUCAACACUGAACUAUCUAGCCGGACUACUGUGUUAAUUUUGACUGGUCCUCCAGUGUUUUAACUGGCAUUUGGCGAGCGAACCACUGUUAAGGGAAAUUGCUGUUAAGGGAGAAUACACAUCAAAUUUGCAUCGGUGAUAAAGAAUAUUAAUUUUGGUUUUAAAACCCUUAAACCGAUGUGUGUUAGCACUUUAUACCAAGUACUUUCCCCCGAGUUCUGUGAAAACAAAAUCAUAGGCACAUUAUUCCGUUGAUCAAUAUCUUAGUAUACACAAUGUGUGAGUAUAAUCGGGAGGUGGUUUCUACAAAGUACAAGAAGAUGAUGAUAAUGAUAAAUUGCUAAGCCGCCGAAGCCAACCGUUGUUAUUCUAAUCUGCUUUUAAAUUGUUUAUGCGGUAUCAUUUACAGCAGCUUCUCUGAAUCUGAUAGUGAAUUUAAAUCAAUUCAAUCAAUGGAAAGCUUUCAAAUCAUCUUUCAGGUGAAAAUAUUAAGAAUGUUGACCCGACAAAAAUGCCAAUCUUCAAGAAUGAUUCAAGGUGUGAUAUCUCAGUAUUUAUUCUGCUUGUAAGUUGGAGAAAGGUCACUGCUUGUUAAAGUUCAAACUUACUUAUCGCUACUAUGCUUUAAUAUGGCAGACACAUGCCUGAUUCAUGCUUCAUGUGAAUUUGAAGAUGACGGAAAAUUGAACAUUUACCACGCAAUGCAUUCACAAGUGGUGAGCACAAUACAACAUAAUAACUUGCAUGGAAUAUAUGAAGUCAAAUUCACUUCGCAUUCUACUAUGAAACUGGUUUUAAAGAUAUAACAAUCAGGAAAAUAAAUGGUACAAUAUUGAACAAUCAGCUGCAUCACCUAAGAGGUUUUAAAAUAAAAUCUGAUUAUUUCUUUUUUAAAAACAAUGCUGUAUGAGAUCUUUAAUCUAUGAUUCAUUUAACGACAGGGAGGAUUUACCGAGGCGAUUUGUGUGAUUUAUAAUCCCUGUGGUCAGAUGGCUUUUAUAAGCGGAUGUCUAGCUUCGGAGGGUGGAGUUAAGUCAGUUGCUCAAUUAUUUAAGGAUGUAAUCCUGUGAUGGAAUAGCUCUCAUCUCUACAGCGUAAUAUACCUGUCAUCACAAAGUCCGUUUGAUCUAGCGACAAUUAAUUAUUGAAGAUGGCUCGAAAUAGGCAGACCCAUUUUACUUGUUUAAAAUAUUUUUUAUACUAAAUAAAAACGUUGAAAUGAA